CUUUAAGGAAAGUCAGGACAGUUAGUAUGGCUGCCUUAGUACUAGUAAUUUUCUUUGCUAUGACAGUCUCCGUCGUAGACGGGAUAGUUGGAUACCCAAAAUCAGACCAACCGGGGGAGUUCAUCCCAGGUACGACCGCCUUAAUUUGGAGGUGGGACAGGCGACGAGGAUGGUACUGGUAUCCCACAAUGCCUAUAUCAUCAAACCUGAAUGAAACCAAGGUAUCUGGAAAAUGGUAUCAAAUCAUGUCAAAGGAGAUGCCACCUUUCUCUAAUGAUUCCUUUCUGGACGACUUUGUGCUGAAUAUACAGAAGAAAGCUGGCGGAGGUUUGUCCAUCGAUAUGCAAGGAAGACGAAGACGAGGCGAUAACCAAAGAUGUUUGAAAACUGGCCGUUUACACUUGGUCCCCACUCAAAUGAACGGGAGGUAUACAAUGGAUAUAGGUCCUGCAAACGACAUCCUGGAAAACCACUUCACCACUGCUUUCGACAAGUCAGAGGUCAAUGAGUACAUUAUAGCCGACACCGAUUACGCCCACUUUUUGGUUACCAAAUACUGCCUUGGGAAGAGGAAAGACGGGACGUGUUCCAAAUUGGAGGGUGUGGCAAUAUCCAGUCGGAAUCCUGUAUUGGAGGCUGUCCACCUGUACAAUGCCAUGCAGGUGGUUGCCAAGGUGCUGUGUAGAAGUCUUGUGGGGUUUCUGAAUCACGAGCAGUCAAAUGUCUCCGUCGUAGACGGGAUAGUUGGAUACCCAAAAUCAGAUCAACCGGGGGAGUUCAUCCCAGGUACGACCGCCUUAAUUUGGAGGUGGGACAGGCGCCGAGGAUGGUACUGGUAUCCCACAAUGCCUAUAUCAUCAAACCUGAAUGAAACCAAGGUAUCUGGAAAAUGGUAUCAAAUCAUGUCAAAGGAGAUGCCACCUUUCUCUAAUGAUUCCUUUCUGGACGACUUUGUGCUGAAUAUACAGAAGAAAGCUGGCGGAGGUGUGUCCAUCGAUAUGCAAGGAAGACGAAAACGAGGCGAUAACCAAAAAUGUUUGGAAACUGGCCGUUUACACUUGGUCCCCACUCAAAUGAACGGGAGGUAUACAAUGGAUAUAGGUCCUGCAGACGACAUCCUGGAAAACCACUUCACCACUGCUUUCGACAAGUCAGAGGUCAAUGAGUACAUUAUAGCCGACACCGAUUACGCCCACUUUUUGGUUACCAAAUACUGCCUUGGGAAGAGGAAAGACGGGACGUGUUCCAAAUUGGAGGGUGUGGCAAUAUCCAGUCGGAAUCCUGCAUUGGAGGCCAUCCACCUGUACAAUGCGAUGCAAGUGGUAGCCAAGGUGCUGUGCAGAAGUCUUGUGGGGUUCCUGAAUCACGAGCAGUCUAAUGGUAUGGACAUUACUUGA